AUGAAGCUCCUCACGCUCAACUUCCUCACCUGCGCGAUCAAAACGUGCAAAACACAAGCCUCCUCAUUCCCGCUGCACCCCAAAGGCGCUGAGCUAGAAGUGGUCGAGGCCGACGUCAACCUGCCGUUCCUCCAGAACAUACUGCCGCGACUGAUGUGGCAAGAGCUGCGCACAAUCUGCAAAGAGCUUGGCCUUCCAGACCUGCCGCCCACCGCGCCGACGCCGAACGACCUCGUCGAAGGCGGCGUCCAGGACACACCCGAAGGCGCACAGCCGGUAGACGCGCAGCCGAGUCAGACGGCGCGGGACCUCCACCGCGUGCUGCUGGAGACGUGUAUACAAGAGGGCGCGCUGGUGUGCGGGUGCUGCGGGCACGAGUACGCGGUGAAAGAGGGGGUUGCGAAUUUCCUGCUGCCGGGGCACUUGGUAUGA